AAAAGAAAUAAAUCUAUUUGCAAGGUGAAAUUUGGCAAAUACGAUUUUUAUCUUAAAAUUUCAAAAUAUUGGUAUUUAGCACAUUGUAUUUUAAAAGGAUUAUUUGCAUCAUCGGUACCGUAUGAUAUUGUACUAUUUGUGUGUCGCUACUGUACAAUCUAUAUUCGAUCGGAACAUUUUUUCGGCAAUAAACGAAUCCUGCUGCAAUACGUUAUUGUACAAUUUAUACUGACACACGUUAACCAGUCGACGAUCAACUUCGUAAUGAUGUGUUGCUAGUUUAAAAAAUGGUUUUACGAUGCGUUAACAUAGUGUCUUAACGAGACAAGAUCAAUGUUCGACGUAAUGAAGUAACUGUUUGGGCAUAUUUUUCGAAUCUAUCUGUAAAAUUGAAUUUCACCAUUUUGCAGUAGAAGUAACAAUGCAUAUCGUGGUGUAAAAUGGUAACACAGUAAAGAAAGUCUUAUAGACAGAAUGUCAGACAACGAUGAUUUAUUACACAUGUUUUCGUUACAUAGACUAAAUCCCCGUGGGAGAAUAAUAAGUAUAGAAUAUCCUGGUACUAUAGAGUCUAAUGCUAAUCGUCUUCCAAAUUUCGAUGUCACCAUAAUAGGAUGUCCUUCGCAUCCAAGACCAGAAAGACAAAUUAAUGAAUUGAAUAAUGCAAUAUUCGAUGCUCAAGCUGCAGUGGCUGCACUUAACGAGGCGUCUGCGUUUGAACCAAUGGAUAAUAUACAACCGAACGAUGUAACGGAUGGAACGUCUUCUACAAAUCAGCUAGAAGUUGGUGCACAGGCAGUAAACUCAGAUGAUGACAAAAGAUAUUGCUGGGUAUGUUUUGCAUCCGAUGAAGAUGAUGCAACUGCAUCAUGGGUGAAACCAUGUCACUGUUGUGGUACAACUAAAUGGGUUCAUCAAGGAUGUAUACAGAGAUGGGUUGAUGAAAAACAAAAGGGGCGUGCAGGUGCACAUGUUGUAUGUCCACAGUGUAGCACAGAGUAUAUCAUUGUAUAUCCAAAUAUGGGACCGUUAGUAGUAGUGUUGGAUACUAUUGAUGAAGUAAUUUUACGAAUCUGUCCAUGUAUAGCAGCUAGCAUAUUUGCUGCAUCUAUAUACUGGGCAGCUGUGACGUAUGGAGCAGUAACUGUAAUGCAAGUAAUUGGUCAUAAAGAUGGUUUAGCUAUGCUGGAACAAGCUGAUCCUUCAGUGUUAUUAGUUGGUUUACCAACUAUUCCAAUAAUAUUGGUUUUGGGUAAAAUGAUCAGAUGGGAAGAUCUAGCACUUAGCCUUUUCAGACGUCACGCACGUAAGGUUCCUAUUUUGAGGCAUUUUUUGCCAAGUAGUUAUUUUAACGACGACAGAGCGCAAUCUGAAGAGGUACCACCUAUGAGCGAUUCAGUAUCAGCGACACGUAUUCUUUGUGGUGCGCUUUUGUUACCUAGUAUCGCCAGUAUAUGUGGCAAAUUAUUCUUUGAAAGUAUACACUCCAAUUUUCAGAGAACGUUACUUGGUGGUAUAGCAUUUAUAACGAUAAAAGGUGCAUUCAAGAUUUAUUAUAAACAGCAGCAAUAUGUACGACAAUGCCAACGUCGCAUAAUGGAUUGUACAGAUGACAAUGUUGCACUAUACAAAAGACGACAAAACUCCGAAAUUCAGACAACUUAAAUAAUGACGGAUCAAAAAUCCUUAAAGAAUGCGUUAACAAGGAACUAAACUUCUAAGUGUACUUAGUGCACUAAUGUCCAAUAUAUUACUUUUAUCUAAUGAUGUAAGUUUAUGGGUACUAUAAUCGGGUAUAAUAAAUACGUAAUGUAUAUGUACAUACAGGUAUGUAAGAAUGGAAAAUUGUCAUUACAUGCAUAAACUUGGUUAGUAAAUUAUAAUAUGUGUCCGGCGAAAAAUGUUACAUUCUUUAAAUGUAUUAGUAGAACAACGAUAAUGUCUGUUUCAUCGUUUGUGUAGUAAAUAAGAAAUAAGAAUCGAGCUAUAAUGAUGAUACUUUUUAGUCGAGUUCAAAGUUUUCUCUUGCUCCAAAUUUAACUCUUUUGCAGCGGCAUUCUCGUAAUUAGCUGUAAUAGCGUUUAUAAUGCACGGUAGAAAAUAGAUCAUUAUCUACUUAUACUUGCGAUGUGAGCAAUGUUUGAAAAAAUUUACAAAAGUCAGUAACAAACUUAAAAUAAUAAAUACUUUAUUUAAUAGAAAAAAUGGAAAAAUGAACGUAGUGGAUUUAGAGUUAUUUUAGAAUUGUGUUUUAUCGUGUUUGCAAAUAAUAAUAGCUCGCGUAUUAAAAUUCAAACGAAAAUUAAUGUUCUUCGCGACAAAAGAGUUAUAGAUAAUGAGCAUGACGAAAUUUUGUUUCUUCUAACAACAAUAAUAAUAAUUACCAUCAAAUUUGCUAUAUAUUGAAAAAGAGACAAAGCUUUCUUUUUGAAAGUUAUUUACGAUUUUACUGCUAUGUAAAGGAAAGAAUACAGAACUUUAUUUCUAUUAUAGAUAAGUUUUGGAUCGGAUAUUAAAUCGUAUAUUAAAAGUUUAGUAAGGAAACUUUAUUUUAUGUAAAUGGUUUAUUUACUGUAGACAUAAAGAACUAGUAAACAUUGAUUUGAAUCAAUAAACCGUGUUUGUUUUCUUUACCUGGGCAAGUAAAUCUUGUAAC